AUGGUAGAUGCAAGAACUACGGGCAACCCGCUGAGCGCGGGUUCUCUCGCCCUCUUCAUGGCUACGUCGCUACCAAAAGGCGAGUCAUCACAACUCAAGAACGGAACCGAGGCUGUCGCGCUCGCUGUUCACGCUGGAAUGCUUGCCGUUGGCUUCCGUCUGAUCGGACUGGGCGAGGACGAGCGCAUAGAAGCGCAUGCAGACGCCGAAAACCCUUUGCCACUUCCCAAAGAAUGGAACGCAUCGUCUUCAUACGCCUUCCGAUACGCGCACGCGCAAUCAGCCAUGGAAUACCUGGUCAAGGUUAACAGACUGGGAGGCAAAGCGGUCGUCUACGCCCUGGCGCUAGGCGAUGACAAGACUACACAUUUCGAGGUUACAACCAAGGACUACAUCUCCGAAUCACAACUACCUUUCAGUGUGUCGGAGGGCACGUCAACAGAGGACGUGUCACAGAAGCUGCAAGACCUGUUCAUUUCGCCAGGCAGGCUGAACGACCUUGGCUCGCUCCUCAAGAUAUCAGUUAUUCAGAAGCUGGCACCGGGGCUCAACAAGCCAGGGUACGAGGAGGGCAACACCGAUCGCGAGCGUACCCCUACAGCAGACCGGCAGGAACCACAACGAGGGCAGCCUGCCAACCCACGGCAACCCCCUCACGAGCCAGAGCCCGCGCGACCGUAUCCCUUCCACGACCCUCUCGCCGCACAGCCAGGCUCAGGACGACAUCUGCCAGAGCCUAUACCUGGCUUCGAUGAUGAAUUGGGCAUGAACCGGCAACCUGGUCGCAUGCCUGGCAACAACCCUAUCAAUAUCGGACACGACGACUUAUAUCCACAGGGUCUUGGGCCCAACGAUCCCAUUCGACCACACUUAGCAGGAGGACUGCCACGGCCUGGUGGUUUUGGCGGCGGCGGUAUGCAUCCCACGUUCGACGAUCCGUUGUUCCGCGGUCAAGGCGGACAGGGUGGUUAUGAUCCGAGAGCACCACCAGGCGCUCGUUACGACCCUAUGGGACCUGGCGAUCCGUUGAGGGAGGACAGAGGAAGAGGUCCCAUGUUUCCAGGCGGAGGAGGCUUUGGCGGACCUGGUGGUUUCGGCGGAGCAGGUGGACGACCGCCGAAUCCGUUCGGUGGCUUUGGUGGUGGAGACUUCAUCUGA